ACAGUAUAGAAAAGGAAAUUUAAUGUGUAUGCGAAAACAAUUUUACAUGCACACGACCACGGGUGGGACAUUAGAGAAUCCAACGAGGAAUGAGAUAAUGGACCUUGAAGUCAAUCCCACCGACAUGUGAAUUUGCCUAUUCGGGUUCGCAUUCUUGAGCGGGAUAACACCAAGAUUUUUCGGCCCUUUCUUUAUCAUCUGAAAUCAAAAUAGCUGCAUAAUGUCGGCGCGAAAGAUACAUUGGUAUCCCGAUUGUACCAGUCGCUCACAGCAUGGACGGACAUGUGAGGUACAGGAUGGAAAUUACAGGCAUGCAGCCUACAAUUUGACCGUUAUCUGCUCCGAAAUUCUAGAGCAUAGCCACGGAUUCGGUGGGCAUGUUGCAAUUACUACCUUCAAUAUUCUUGCAGGUAUUGAUACGACGUCAGGAUAUCCAUGCUACCCUUCCACUACUCAGCUACUCAUAGUACUCACUGCAGUUGCAAGCAAGUUCGAUAUCCCGAACCGGCGACGUGCCUUCUCCGGCGAGAAUCGGUCCCCCGACGGCGUCGGAAAAGAUGACACGGACCUUUUAACUUCCGGUCUGCAUGUACACAACAUGCGUAAGUUGUCUCAUGCAUCAUACUUUUAUUAUGCUGCAGCAUUAAUAUUCUCACAGAAUGGCAGAUCAUGGGGAUCCAAAGGUUCUCUUCCCAAUUAAGCGAGCCCCCUUUCAAUCUUGCUCACCUUCACUCAAUUCACAUCAGAUAAGUCCUCACCCUGUUAAAAUAAACUUCAUUUCAAAAGAAAUCAAAUGACGAAUAUGGAAGGAAUAGGAUCCCUGUCUCUAAUUUUCUCCUCAGAUUAUCAGAUCAAAACCAUCCUCCACUUCAACGCUUCCCUGCUCAACCUUCUAGAAUUAUCAAUCCUUCUACAUAUCUCAAACCCUCCUCGUCACAGACGCGCGUUGUACCUCACACUUUCCAGAUACCCUUAAUUAAACCCUCGCCAAAUCAACACAAAUAAAAUAAACAUGUCUCUCGGUCUCACUCGUAACAAUUUGAUCCGCGU